CUUUCCACCCAACCCCAUGAUUACCGUUGAAGUUUAAUCUGAAAUCAACUACUACUAUAUACCAACACAGGUACCGGUUCGUGGAGCUCUAUUAUCGUCGUUCAGAAACCUACCACAAGGGUCGUUUGAUUCCAGCACGUAUCGAAAUGGUGGUUAUCUUUCUGCCCGAUGUCCGUUCCUGUCAACCAACCAAUCCGGAGUGGGAUGAGCUGCAUCUUAGUUACAAGUCGCACUUGGAGCGUAUUAUUAAUAGUCAGAAUUCCGAUAGUCCAGUUCCGGCCGAGUCAUCGUCGGCAGCGAACGCCGCUGCUCCUGCAACAACAACUCAACAAACUUCUCCAGAAGGCGAUACUGUCGCUUCCUCUGAUGCUAAGGCUUCGGCGGAUGCUCCUGCUGCUGUUGCUGCAUCUACUACCGCUUCCUCUACAGACACCAGUGCUGCGGCAGAUGCCAACAACUCAACGAAGGAGGAAGCUGAUUCAUCCGUUACGAUGGAGGAAGCUGAUGCAGCCGACGACAAUGAAAAGGACGACGACGAUGCAGACGCAGAGAAAGCUGCUGGUACUCCGACCAACUACGCUCUGCUGGAUGUGAAGAAAAUGAAGGUCGCCGAGCUAAAGGCCGAACUGGAGGCUCGCAAUCUACCGACUGAUGGUGUGAAGAACAUGCUCAGCGCAAGAUUGUCCAAAGCCCUUAAGCAGGAACAAGAAGAUGCUGAAGGCAAGGAUGGUGAGGACAAAGCCGCAAACAAAGACAAGGAAGACGAGAAGGCUGUUGACGUCAAGGAAGUCAAAUCGGAGUCGGAAAAACAAUCUGCUGAUAAGGAUGAAGAGGAAUUCGAAACGAUGGACAACGUCGAUAUGUCCGAGGUGACCGUUAUUGAUGAGUAUGAUUCCAAGUCUGAAGAAAGGGCCGAUGAAACCGGUAAGAAAGCGGAAUCUACCAAACUCACAGAAAAGGAGCGCCAGCUGCUGGAGAAACGCUAUUCGUUGCCAGAGCAGCCUCACAUCAUUGUUCACCCAUCGAAAACGGCAAAGUCCGGGAAAUUCGAUUGCGCCGUUAUGUCCCUAUCUGUUUUGUUGGACUACCGUCCGGAAGAUUCCAAGGAGCAUUCAUUCGAGGUAUCUUUGUUCGCGGAGUUGUUUAAUGAAAUGUUGACUCGCGACUUCGGAUUCAAUAUCUAUAAAGCGCUUCAUAUGCUACCCUCGAAGAAGGAGGAAGAGCCUAAGAAAGACUCGGCCGUCGAAGAGGUAAAAGAUGACGAUGAUAAGAAAGUCAACGGAGAUGGGGCUAAGGAUAAAGAAAAGAGUGCCGAAGAAAGCACCAAGUCAAAGGAAGACAAAGACGACAAAGACAAGGAACGUGCUCGCGAACGCGACCGUGACUCUCGCAAGAGAUCACGCUUUGAUGACGCAUCGGAAGAGGAAAAGCGUCGCAAGGAGAAGGAAAAAGAGAAGGAAAGGGAACGGCUCAAGUACUAUACAGCCGAUCGUGAUCUUUUGCUAUCGUUCACUUACUUUGACAUAAGUCAUUGCGGUUAUAUAUUCGACAAGGACGUUGAAGACCUCUUCUACGCCCUUGGGUUGAACCUUUCCCGCUCGCAAAUUCGCCGACUGGUAAGCAAAGCUGUUACCAGGGAUUCACUUUACUAUCGUAAACUCACGGACAAGGUCAAGGAAACGACCGAAGAAACCAAUGAUAAGGAAAAGGACGAGGAGUCGAAGGAAACGGCAAAGGAAGGCACCGAGAAAGAAGCAGCUGCUCCUGCGGUCGUCAAAACAGAGAAACCUGAAGUUGCAGUAGAGCUAACCGAAGCGGAGCUCGAGGAACUUGCCACUGGUAAUUGCAACGUCACGGAGCAGCUGAGAGCCAAUCUUCAAGCUGUUCUGGCAAACGAAGCUGCUGAGGGCGAUGAUGCGCCACCUACAAAGAAGGUCAAACUCGAACCGCUGAAUGACGAGAGCGAUAUUCCCGAGACCAACAAUGGUCUGGUCUCGCAUAACGGAGGCGUCCUCGACAUUCCCAAACUGUUGGAACAAAUGAGGCGCACUGAGAAGGCACGGGAAGACACCGAGCAGUUGCUGAUUGACCUGCGUCGACAGGUGUCGGACCUUACGAAGAGCCAAUGCCGUUCUAACGAAAAGGUUAAAGACCAAGCUGCGGACAUAAAGAGUCUCACUCGGAAGUUGGUGGACGCCGAGCAGAAUCUUCGUGAAAUUACGAAAAAGUCCAAUGAAUAUUUCUCAACUUUGUCCAGCGUGUAUGAUCGCGUUAGCGUCGUUAUGCACCGUGCUGAUCCCAAGCGUUCUUCGUCGAUCUCAUCGUCCAAGCGUGGCAGUUCUCGCGAUCGUUCGACCCGUAAGGACGCCAAAUCGAAGGACAAAGAAGCCGAAUCGUCUAAGGAUUCCGCUGAUAAAUCGAAGGCAGAUGAUUCCAAGAAAUCUGAUGAAUCUGCCAGCAGCGAAGUAACGGUUCCUGGCAGCGAUUCGAAGGAGAGUGUCGAUAGCAGCGACAAAAAGAAGGCGACAGAGGAAUCCACCAAGGAAACGAAACCAUCGGAGGAAAAAUCGGAUGAAGAAAAAAAGGAGUAAUACACAUUAAUAAAACUCAAUGACGUUCAUAUUGUUUGCAUUCACAUUUUUAUCAAAAAACUUAUCCUUACACCGGAACUGGCGUAAGCAGACGGUAAAAUUAAAAGUGUUAUCCAUAAAUGUAAUUGUAAUUCAAUUCAAUUCAGUGUAAUAAGCCGAAUAAAUGACCUACUUGAAACCUUAAAAAA